AAGCCGACAGCGAACGAAGGAGACGCGGUCGGAGGCGAGAGACUUUGCUGCUGCCAGGUGGCAGAACCAGUUCUAACUGGUCCAGAUCAGUCCAGAUCAGUCAUGUUGAGUCCUCUAAGGAUUCUUCUCCCUGUGAUUGGUCCAUUGAGCCGCGGCUGCUCCAGUUACGUCUCCAGGAUGAGGUUUGUGAACAGACUGAAGCAGGACGACGCGGCGUGUUUGGCAGCGCUGCAGAGAAGUCGCGUUCUCCUGUUCCACCGUCUGUGUCCUCUGCUGCAGCGCACAGAGAGAGGAACCCUCAGAACAGCAGCGUUUAACAGCUCAGAUGUGCAGUUGAUUGUGGAGCGACUCGGUGCAGACAGAUCUUUGCUGAAGGAGUCGGUUCUGAUUGGCUGUUCUGAGCAGAACCAGGCUCAGUUCUGUUUGGAUCUCGGAGAACUGGACCAGGCAGCAGUAGAAGGAGAGUGUGACGCAAACUUUUUUGACCUCAGGAAAUCUUUCUUCUUGCUGACCGGAGCAGAGGUUCCUCUAGUGACCAAGAGUCAGGCUCUUCUGCGCUGGCAUCAAAGCAGUGGGUUCUGCAGUGCCACAGGUGAACCAACCCAACGCAACCAGGCAGGAAGUCACAGAGUCGGCGGCAGCAGAGGCAUCGUCUACUAUCCCACGAUGUCUCCAGUGGUCAUUGUCCUGGUGUCUGAUGGGAAACGGUGUUUGUUGGCUCGACAGUCGUCCUUCCCUCAGGGGAUGUACAGCGCUCUGGCAGGUUUCUGUGACAUGGGUGAGUCCCUGGAGGAGACUUUGUACAGGGAGGUGGCAGAGGAGGUGGGUUUAGAAGUUCAGAGCGUCUCCUACAGCUCCUCUCAACACUGGCCUUUUCCUCACAGCUCGUUCAUGCUGGCCUGCCACGCCUUUGUUAACCCCACCCACACUCAGGUGGACGUGGACCACGCGGAGCUAGAGGACGCUCGCUGGUUCAGUCUGGAGGAGAUCACCUGUGCUCUCCAGGUGAAGUCUCCACCCAGAAGAGGUGACCCACCCGUCUUCUGGCUCCCCCCGAAACAUGCCAUCGCCAACCGCCUCGUCACUGAGUGGGUGGAGACGCAGCGACACCGCAAGAGCGGAGGGUGACAUCAGAGGUCAAAGAUCAACCUGAGGGUCACGGAGCAGCUGAGCUCAGACCGGAGCUAACACACUAAGCAUCAUGGGAACUGUAGUUCUUUUAAAAGGAUCAUCAAUGAUCAGAGUAAGAAUUGAUCUGUGAUUGGUCCUGAUCACUUUUAUUUUGUGACACAUGUACAAACUAACUGUAAUGAAAGUUUCACAAUGAAACUUAUUUUAUUUUAUUUUCAAUAAAAUGAAAAAAUGCA